CAGAGUUCGGCUGGAGCGGAAGUUGUUGGCCGCUGCCACUGCUGCAGCGAAUGAAGUGCUGCUGGUUGCUUUGAGCGAACACAUUCUCUCGUGUUUUGAAUGCUUUGUGAUGGACUGAUAAACAUGGAUGACUUUGGUUCGGGGGAUCGAUGAGCUCUGACGUUCGGCGACAUGACAUUUGAGGCGAUCGCCUCUGCAGAAGAGGAUACGUGACUAUAAAGAAACCCCGGAAGUGCUGUUGAAGCCCCCUGCCACCGCCGAGACGAUGAGCAGCAUUGGCAAGUUCAGCCUGAUCGGCUACAACGGCUCGCGGAAGCACCUCUCCAUCUCCAUCCCCUCCUCUAACGAGGUCAUGUCCCCCCACAUCAAGUCGGUGGAGGAGCUGAGGGUGCUGGGCAUCAACCUCAGCAACUUCAGUGCCCCCACGCAGUUCUUCAUCUGCGUGGCGGGGGUCUUCGUGUUUUACCUGAUCUAUGGAUACCUCCAGGAGCUAAUAUUUUCCGUAGAGGGCUUCAGGCCCUUUGGGUGGUACCUCACCCUGGUACAGUUUGGGUUCUACUCCAUGUUUGGACUGGUGGAGCUCCAGCUCACACAGGACAAACGCAGACGGAUACCUGGGAAGACGUACAUGAUCAUCGCGUUUCUAACGGUGGGAACCAUGGGUCUUUCCAAUACCUCUCUGGGCUACUUGAACUACCCCACCCAGGUCAUCUUCAAGUGCUGCAAACUCAUUCCAGUAAUGAUCGGUGGAGUUUUCAUACAAGGUAAGCGCUACAACCUGGCGGACGUCUCUGCCGCUCUUUGCAUGAGUCUCGGGCUCAUCUGGUUUACACUGGCCGACAGCAAACUUGCGCCCAACUUCAACCUCACAGGUGUGCUCCUCAUCUCCUUGGCGCUGUGUGCAGACGCUGCCAUCGGAAACGUGCAGGAGAAGGCCAUGAAGCUGCACAACGGAUCCAAUUCUGAAAUGGUGCUCUACUCGUACUCCAUUGGUUUUGUGUACAUACUGACCGGCCUGCUGUGCGUCGGGGAUCUGGGGCCGGCGGCGGCGUUCUGUUCUGAGCAUCCUGUUACAACGUACGGCUAUGCGUUCUUCUUCUCUCUGACGGGGUAUUUUGGGAUCUCCUUCGUGCUGGCCCUGAUCAAGCUCUUCGGCGCCCUGGUCGCGGUCACAGUGACCACUGGGCGAAAAGCCAUGACCAUCGUUCUAUCCUUCAUGUUCUUCGCAAAACCCUUUACUUUCCAGUACAUCUGGGCCGGCCUGCUAGUGCUCUUCGGCAUCUUCCUGAACGUUUACAGCAAGAACAGGGACAAGAUGAGGCUGCCCUCCAUACAGGACCUCCGCAGCUUGCUGCUGAACGGCAAGAAGGCCCGCCUGCCGUCCCAGAAUGUCUAGCCCGGGACCGGUACCUCCAGGCCCACCCGGCCCUCUAUCUAUCUCUUCAUCUCUCUCAGGGCGUGUGCCGAAGACGGGCGGUAUCAGCUCUUCACCACCAAUUGGACAUGGCCGACAGCACAGGACAGUCAUUGAGUACAGACAUUGUAGGCAGGUCUGAGAUGUUGUACACACAGGAGUUUCCUGCCUUCUCAUGGCUCUGCUUAGGCCGGUGCCCUCAAUCUGCCCAAAUGACGGAUCAACCAACCAAUCGGCAGAUGGUAUACGUGGUGAGGAGGGGACAAGGGGUAAUUUUCCUCCAGUUCUGCAGCAUAGGUGUUGAACGAUUGUUGCAAAUAGAAAUAAUCAUCGUCAUACUUUGUUGGUUAUCAACUGGCCCCAUAAUGAGUGGGCAGUGUUUUUUUUUUGUACUUCUCUUCUUUUAUUUUUUUUUAAGGAAAGCCGAAGCAUCCUGAUGGAAACUCUCACAAAAUGGAGGACAAUACGGAUGCCAUUGGAGAUCCUGGAAGGCAAGCCAGCGCCUUAGCUAACCAAAUAAGACAUGAUUUGCAACGGCCCUGACGGGUGCACUUUUAAAGCUUUGGUUAGCAACCGUAACGUCUGAAGGAACCUUUCGACCAAACAAUGUACUUCUUUUAUAUUUAACAUAACUGAGAAGAAUGUGUGCACUACUCGUCAUCCUCUAUAUAUACCGUAUGUAUAUAGAUAUAUAUAGAUAUAUCUGUAUAUAUUAUCUCGAUCACCUGCGUGUGACAGAAUGGAGGACAUUUUUAUUUCAUUUUUAUUUUUAACUGUCUUGGAGAAAAGUGGCUUUAUCUGUAAUUUAUUUGUGACAGAAAAAAUGGAAGCCUAAUCAUCAUGAAGAUGUAAGGGGAGAAGUAUAUUUUUGUUCCCACGCCCCAUCAACAAUGUCAACUGCCAUAUUGCCAACAAUUUAUCUGGGUGUAAGGUUGUUGAUCUAAUGGUUGUUGAUAUUUUUACAUUAAAGAAAGAAAUUCACAUUUA